AUGUUCACCAAUACUGCCAUCAGUCUGUUGUCAUUGACAGCUCUAUGGCUAGACCCUGCAAACGCCGUAGAGAAAUCAGACACAGGAUGCGAAGUACUCAAGCUUACAUUCCCUGACAACACCUUUUCUCCCGAACAUGCAGUCUACGAAUAUGAGUCCCAGAACUUCUGGUCCAACAACGAAAUACUCAAUCCGGCUUGCGUCUUUCGUCCAACAUGUCCCACCCAAGUGGCUGAAGCCGUGAAGCUCAUGAGCCUCGGUCUUACAUCAUUCGCUGUUCGUGGAGGUGGACAUAUGGCCAUCACUGGCGCAAACAACAUCGACGAUGGUCCCCUCUUUGUCAUGUCAAAUUUGACGACUCUCGAAUUGAGCAAAGACAAAGAUACUGUUUGGGUAGGACCUGGCCUGGAUUGGGGUCAUGUUUACCGUUAUCUGGGUCAACACCAGCUUGCGGUAGCUGGAGGUCGCCUUUCACCAGUUGGUGUGCCUGGUCUACUGCUGGCGGGAGGUAUCAACUUCCAUGGCAACCAGCGUGGAUGGGCGGCUGACAAUGUACUGGAAUACGAGCUUGUGCUCGCCGACAGUAAAGUUAUCUCGGUCACAGCGGACUCUUAUCCCGAUCUCUUCUGGGCCCUCAAGGGUGGUUCAAACAACUUUGGUAUCGUGACAAAGUUCAGGCUCGCCACUCUUCCAUCAGAUCAAAUCUACGCUGGCGUAUACAGCGUGACUGACAUCCCUGGAUUUCUGAAGGCCGUCGCCAAUUUCUCCGCCUUCAACACCGAUCCUCUCGCACACAUUGUCCCUCAAGUCAUUGCUGUUGACGAAGAAACAACCAUUGGCGGCGCAAUUCUGUUCUAUGAUAGCGACUCUGACCCUGAGCCUGAAUGUUUCAGACCAUUCUUUGACCUUCCUGCCAUUGCCAACACAUUUGAGAAGAAGACGCUCGCCCAGUUCUCGGAUGAGACGGGUGAGUUAGUCACACCAAAGAUCAACGACCAGUUCAUUGCUGGUACCACCACGGGCAAGACAUACGAGGAAAUUCUACAGGGAGUGCAAAUCGUCAAUGACGUCUUCCUUGGAGCUUUACCCGAAUUGUACAAGGUUCUUCCCGUCGAGGACCGCAAGCUUAUCUCAGUCGACUGGCAGCCCAUCGGCUCUCUGUGGGAAAGGGCGUCCAAGAAAUACAACCCUGGAGGUAACGCCUUGGGAAUUGACACGGAGACCAAGGGAACGUACAUUGCCUGGGCCGAGGUGGUGGAAUGGAGCGGCGAUGAGCACAAUGAUGCGAUCUUUAAGUGGAUCGAGGACACCACAUGGGCUAUCAGUAAUGCUACUCAGAAGGCAGGCCUAUAUGAUGCUUUCAACUACAUGGGAGAUGCUGCUGGCUUCCAGAAUAUCUAUGAUGGCUAUGGCGAGGAGAACAAGCAGCGUCUGCUAGAGAUCUCUCGCAAGUAUGAUCCUCUGCGAGUCUUUCAAAAAUACUGGCCGGGCGGUUUCAAGAUUGGAUCCUAG